AUGGACAAAGAAAGUGGCACCAUGCAUAUUGGCGGCUCGGUGGCCUACGUACCGCAACAACCUUGGAUUCAAAAUUUAUCGCUGAUGGAUAACAUUCUGUUUGGUGCGCCACUUGAUUCCGAGCGUUACGCUGCAGUACUGGAGGCCUGUGCACUGGUGCCUGAUCUAGCGACGUUGCCGGCUGGUGAUCAGACCGAAAUUGGCGAAAAAGGUAUAAAUUUAAGUGGCGGGCAGAAGCAUCGCGUCAGUUUGGCUCGCGCUGUUUACGCAGACACAGAUAUUGUUCUUCUGGAUGACCCGCUUUCUGCUGUGGAUGCUCACGUUGGCCGUCACAUAUUCAACCACCAUCUCAGACUGGUCUCUUAG